CAACUACACACUUCCACCUUUUCCAUCGAGCCAUCGCGAUGUGCAAAUGGCGUUGUGUCUACCACAUGAAGUGCAAACACACGGUUCAAAAGCCUGUUCUCUGCCCUGGAGCCGAAGAACGCGGGGAUCUCUGUGAAGACUGGGACGACUUGUCAAAUGAUGUCGAGAGUGCCAAUCGCAAUAACCGCCCGUACACACCCGUGAAUGCUACGGAACGUUGUCCCGAGUGUACUCUUCUCAGAAAGACCAAGAGGGCAGACAAGAGGAGGCAAAGGAAGAAGAAGAAGGAUGACAAAGACAAGAGAGAUAAAGAAAGCAAGGAGAUGAAAACUGGAUCUGGAACAGGGUUAGGUGUUGCCAGCGGGCUCGAGAAGCAAGUGGAAGGGGAAAAGGCUGUAUAA